AUGGAUCACAACUUUCAAAAAUGGCAUGGUCACUCUUCCUAUGCGGGCCCGAGAGUUGUGGCUGACGCGCUGCUUGUAGCCUGGAGAAUCGACUCGUCAAUCCGACCGGAUAUCCAUGUGAACGAUCUCGAGCAGCUCGACCAUACCAUAUUCGAUAUUACUCUCCUCGGCCUGCUGCUACAAAGCACCUUCUCAGUCGCCGGUUACUCGUGGAUGUAUGCGCUUACGCGGCGAUCAAGACUGUCGCUCCUCGCCGCCACACCCCCUUUCACGCUCAACCUUCUUCAUGCUGCGACGCAUAACCUAUGCGCGUCUCUCGAUGUUUUUGCCUGGCUAUCCUACGGGGUAAUCCACUUCAUUUCCCCGUUUGCUGCCGCUUUCUGGCUCUGGCUCUUUGCCUCGCCUGGUGUCGUCUCGAUAUUCGCAUGGUGCUUUGGAAUACAGAACUGUCUGGGCAUCAUCACGCACCUCUCCCUGCCCACCGCGGCGCCCUGGUACGGAGACCAGUACGGAUAUCCCCUCCCUCCCGGAAAUUACAGCAUGCCAGGCUCAGCAGCGGGACUGGUCCGCGUGGAUAAGGUAUUGGGCACGCACAUAUACGCGAACGCAUUCAAGGCAUCGCCCCUCGUAUUUGGCGCCUUCCCCUCUCUCCACGGAGCCUUCAGCUGCUGCUGCUUUCUGUUCAUAGCUCGGUACUCUCGGAGAGGGGCUUACAUGCUCGGAUUCUACGUCCUGUGGCAGUGGUUCUCCACCAUGUACCUGCGGCAUCAUUGGCGUAUCGAUCUUCUUGGUGGCCUCAUAUACUCUGCCGCUGCGUACUCGGUAUUCUACAGGAGUUUGCAGCGCAUCGAUAAAGCGUACACGUUUGGCGUUAGUGGGGGUAAUGGGUGGCAGCGACUAUUUCACGGGACUCGGUUACAGUACUGGUUCGACAAGAAGCCCGAAACAGGCUACGAGACUGUGCGGCUCCAUGAUCAUGGGGACGGGGAGUAUGUGCAGAUGAGCGUUGACGAGGCCGUUCGGGAGAACAGAGAAAGAGACUUGGAGUCGACGUGGGUAAACGAUAUGGGAGUAACGUGGAAGACCAAAGACCCCACUGAGAGAUGA